AUGACAGAGAAGGCCAAAUGGUGGAAGGCCUUCCUGCCAAAGAAGAAGGCGGGCAGUUCCAAAGACUCCAAUUCCCCUCACACAUACGGAGCAGACUUUGACCCUUUUGCACAAGACAAGUCCAAAGAGUCCAAAAGCACCAGCGAUCAGUCUGUCCCCCAACAAGAGACCAACAAUAGCCUCUUCAGCGACGAAACCUACGACGACUCCCACAUGGAUUCGCUUUUCAACGAGCAGACUUGCCGCAGAAAUAUGAAAGUGUCCCGUUCGGGCAGGUUUAAGCAGAAGAUGAGGGGCCGGAUUGCUAUUCCCUUUGAGGAGAAAGGCACAGAGAAUGUGGCGCCGGCUAAAGAUGACAUUCGGUGA